AAGAGAAGACAUUCUAUCGGAUUGAAAUCUCAAUUCGCAAAUCAACCAAAUAUGAAUACGUGGGCAAGCCGGCAACGACGCUAAGGUCCUUUGGGAAUGAGAGAUAAGCAGGAAUUGUCACCCCCAAAAUACCCUAUUGAAAAAUGAUUCUAUUACUUUAAGUUUGUGAAAUACAAUUCUUACCAUUAGAUCGAGUAUUAUUUGAUUAAAAAAAAUUAAAAAAAGUGCUUCAAAUCAAAAUCACACACCAUGUACUUACUACAAAUGGCAAGUCAUCACCACUUCUAAGUGGACACUUUAUAAUUAUUUUUGGAUUUUUACACUUUUUUCCCACCUCCCCCUUUCCAUUUUUAGACACCCAUCUUUUUCAUUCUCUCUCCACCUCUUCACAAUCAAAUUCCCAAAAAACAAAAAACCCCAAAAACCAUUUUUCACUCUGCAAAUUCUGAAGUUCUUUUUGCAAAUUAUGGACCCCAACAACGAGUUAUCACUCGGACUACAACUCAACGGUGGAAUCGGUGUUGAAAACAAGCUUAAUAAUGUUAAUGGAGUAACAGUGAAAGAAGAAGAAGUAGUUGAAGAAGAAGAAGAAAUUAUGGAGAUGCCGAAGCCACUGAUGAGUUUACAUGAAUUUGGACCACCCCCUUUUCUGAAUAAAACUUUUGAUAUGGUUGAAGACCCAGAAAGUGACCAAAUUAUUUCAUGGGGUGAAUCUUUUAAUAGUUUUAUUAUUUGGGAUGAACAUAAAUUUUCCACUGAUUUGCUUUCUAAGUAUUUUAAACACUCCAAUUUCUCCAGCUUUGUUCGUCAGCUUAACACCUAUGGAUUCAGAAAAGUGUCAACAGCCCAUCCUGUUAGAUGGGAGUUUGCACAUCCAGGGUUUCAGAAGGGCAAGAAAGAUUUGCUGAAGACUAUAAAGCGGCGAGUCCAGGGUAAUGGUACAAACAGCAAUGCUAGAUUGCUGCAUCAAAAGGAGACUGAAAUAGAAAUUCUUAAGAAAGAGCAGGAGGCACUGAAAGUUGAGAUAUCUGAUCUGAAGCAACAGCAGCAGAACUCGGACACGUGCUUGGCUGCAAUGGGAGAGCGUAUGAAGACUGUUGAAUGGAAGCAACAGGAGUUCAUUAUGCUACUUGCCAAGGCAAUGAAAAAAACUAACUCAUUUGAGCGGCUGCUCCAAAACUACAGGCAGAACAAAGUUCUGGGUGGUGGAGAAGUACAUAAGAGACGUCGAUUGGUCUCUAAUGAUAAUUUUUUGGAGUCAUUUAUAGCAAAGCAUGGUGAUCAAUUCCAUAAGGAAGAAGUUUCUGCUGCUCACUUAGAACUAAAGUCAUAUCUUGGCUCCUCGGCGAUUGAUUUAGGCUCUAGCUUAAUGUCGGACCAGAAAUCUAACCUGACAUCCGAGAUUAGUAGUCCCGACUUAUCUUCUGGCAGCUACAUAAUGUGGGAGAAGCUAAUGGCAGAUGAUGUGAUAUGUGAAGGUAACAGAGAGGAAGCAGGGUUUGGCGUUGAUCAGAGUAAGAUUGUACAUGAAUUGGAGGACUUGAUUAAGCCUUGCAGCUUGAUUGGCUAUACUAAUGUUGGUGAAAUAGCUUGUCCAUUAGGACACUAGGACACUUAAAUGUUAGAUGCAGCAGGAAAAGGAAAAGAAACCAGAUCACUUUCGGAUGGUUGGACAGAAUUAGAAGUUUCGAUAGUUUAUUUAGAACUGUGUAGUGCCUGUAGUUAUAUUAUCUAGCUAAUUUCAUGUCGAUUUUACUAACAACGUAGAGAUUACUUUGUAUUAGACAUAGAUUUUUGAGGAGAAAAUGUUGAUGAACGUUGUAUAAUCCCUUUGUAUAUGCAUGACUGUCCAGUGGGCUUUAAAGUAAGAGAAUACCUUUGGACAUUUGAAGUUGUAAUCAGCAGGAUAUUAGCAAGUGUUAAUUGUAAACCUUUGUAGAUCAGUUUUAAUCAAGUAUCCAUAUCUUAUGUAUUUAUUCAUAUAAAUGCUUGAUUACAACCCAUUAAUUUUAAACCUUUGUAGAUCAGUUUAAUUAAGCAUCUAUACCUCAAUUAUUUAUAUAAAAGCUUGAUUACAACACUAAUUUCAUUUUUUAUCCAAUCUUUUUGUAUUUGGCUUUU